UGUGUAGAUCUACAGCAUCAUGCUUAGACUUUUCAAAGAGACAAACUCCAUUUUCUUAUGAAUGGAAAGUGAAAAACCCUGUUCCGCUUAAAUUGGGUUCUUUCCUGUCCUGAGAAACACAACAGACCCCAAAAAGGCAAGCUGAAGAGAGAACACACACACAGACCAAGCGACAAGAAAUGACCAUGACUACCAUGCCAGAGAGUCUAAAUAGCCCCGUCUCAGGGAAGGCUGUCUUUAUGGAGUUUGGGCCGCCCAGCCAGCAAAUGUCUCCUUCUCCCAUGUCCCACGGACACUAUUCCAUGCACUGUUUACACUCCGCGGGCCACUCUCAGCCUGACAGCUCGUACAGCACAGCUUCGUCCUUCUCCCGACCGCUGGGCUACCCCUAUGUGAACUCGGUCAGCAGCCACUCGACCAACCCCUACAUCAGUUCAGUGCAGUCCUACCCCAACAGCUCCAGCCUGACUCAGACCCGGUUAGAGGAGACAGGGGCCGAAUCGGAGAAAAGCACUGUGGUCGAAGGAGGGGAAGUUCGCUUUAAUGGGAAAGGGAAAAAAAUCCGCAAACCCAGGACUAUUUAUUCCAGUUUGCAGCUACAGGCUUUGAACAGGAGGUUCCAGCAAACUCAGUAUCUGGCUCUUCCCGAAAGAGCCGAGCUCGCAGCGUCUCUGGGACUCACCCAGACCCAGGUGAAGAUUUGGUUUCAGAACAAGCGCUCCAAAUUCAAGAAGCUGAUGAAGCAAGGGGGGGCAGCCCUGGAGAGCAGCGCCUUGACCAACGGCAGGGCUCUCUCGGGCAGCUCGCCCCCGGUGCCCCCGGUGUGGAAUACCACCUCCGCCUCCGGUAAGGCCUCGUCGGGGACCCCGGGCACCUACAUCCCCAGCUACACGUCGUGGUAUCCUUCGGCCCACCAAGAAGCUAUGCAGCAGCCGCAGCUGAUGUGAUUAUAAACCCGUUUUCCCCUACCGCAAGCACUAUCGAUCCCGAAAAGAAUUAAAAUUAUUACGAAAAAAAAAAUUAAGUAAAAUAACAGGAAAGGGGGAAAAAGAGGAAAAAAAAAAAAAGGAGGGGGGAAGAGAGAGGAAAAACCACAAAAGAAA